UUGUAUUUUUGACAGAGCUGACUGUAUGUCGAGACGAAAGAGAGAUUGGAAGUCGUAUGUUGAAAGAAUUAAAUAAUUUAAAGACAACGUUCUCUAGUUUUAUUUUGUAGUUUUUCUUAUUCAUGAUGGCACAUCAUGACCUAUGUAGCAGCCUUAUAGCUUGGGUUGGGACUUUUGAACUUAACGCACGUCAUGUGAAGGUCGAUGACCUUGCAGAUGGAGUAGCUAUAGCAGAAAUUCUCCAACAAUGUGUACCAACCGAAUUUGAUGAUGAAUGGUUUAAGAGAAUCAAACGAGAUGCCAGUGGGAACUGGCGAAUUAAACACAGCAACCUGAAAAAAGUCUUGGAACGAAUAACAGAUUAUUACAAUGAUGUUUUAAACCAGUCUAUACAAGAUUUUCCUGUGCCUGACUUGGGAUCGAUAGCAGAGCUUGGCAAUGAAUACCACCUAGGCCGACUAUUGCAGCUUGUUCUCGGAAUAGCUGUUAAUUGUGACAGGAAAGAAGAAUACAUAAACAGUAUCAUGGGAAUGGAAGAGGACGUACAGCAAGUGAUCAUGGGCGCUAUACAAGAAAUUAUGAAUAUGGACGUGCAUCAUCACGACCAAACUGAUGGAUUUGAAGAUCUCGAAGAAACAAAGUACUUAGAGAACGAAACACGAAGGCUACGUGAAGAGAAAGACCUUGCACUACAAAAAUGCCAUGAGCUUGAUCUUCAAGUUGCUGCUUUACAAGAAGAGAAGAAUAUCGUACAAAUUGAAAAUGAGUCUUUGUUACAGAGAAUGGAACAAGGUUACCAUCUUGAUGACCCAAGUGCAAACAUAGCAGGGUUGACUCCCCCUGAACCGAGCUCCGUUGCUGGCAGGAAGUUUCACCAGCUACAACAGCAGGUAGAACAGUUGCAGGAAGAGAACUUCCGUGUCGAAGGAAUUAAGGAUGAUUUCAGAAUUAAAGCAGAGAUGUUGGAUAAGGAAGUGUCCGAGUUGACUCGUAAGAAUGAUGAACUAACAGUCAUAGCAGAGGAGGCCCAGCAUAUGAAGGAUGAGAUGGACAUAUUGCGACACUCAACGGCAAAGCUUGCCAAGUACGAAGCCUCAAUCGACACCUACAAAAAAAAACUGGAAGACUUGGCUGAUCUUAGAAAACAAAUCAAAUUAUUAGAAGAAAAAAACACAAGUUAUAUGAAAAAUACAAUUGACCUAGAAGAGGAACUGAAGAAAGCAAAUGCAUUAAAAACACAAUUAGAAACCUACAAACGUCAGACUCAAGAAUUGCAUAUAAAAUUAUCAGAAGUCACGAAAAAAGCAGAUAAGCUUGAGUUUGAAGCAGGCCGACAGGGAGAUAAGACGGCACAACUACAAGCCGAAAACGAGAGGUUACGUAUUGAACGUGAUUCGCUAAAAGAAACGAACGAUGAACUAACAUGCACGCAGCUGUAUGGUAGCGCCAGUAUGAUGCAUAAUUCACCGGGUAGCCCUGAACUAUCAACAUCACCUGGCUUUACUGAGAUGGUUCCUCCUGAAAUCAGAGAAAAGAUGAUUCGACUGCAGCACGAGAAUAAGAUGUUGAAGUUACAGCAGACAGAUUCAUUAGAUGAGAAAUCGCAGCUGUUACAGAGUCUUCUAGACGAUUCAAACAGUCGCAAGAACGAACUAGAGUCUGAUAAUAGGUUUGCCAACCAGAGAAUCUUGGAGCUCGAAGCUGAGUUGGAAGAGUUGAAGGAACAACAACGAGAGCAGGGAAUUAGCAAAUCAGAG